AUGAUCGCGACAGUUGGACACGUUUUGAUUACCCCCCGGCUGUGGGUAAGCGUCGCGCUCGUUGAAGCAUGGAACGCGCUCACGCUCACGUACUUGUCGUUCGCGAUCCGAUUCCGCUUCUCAACGCAGAUCGACAUUGUAUGCCUCGGAAUCCUAUGUGUACUUGGAUUCAGCGCCGCGUCCAUCUCUACAAAGGCCGGACACUUUGAGUUCGCCCAGUGUGCGGGCUACAACAGGAGUUGUGCGAUGGCGAUUGUGGGAUAUGUGCUCAACUGGAUCUCAAUCGCUUUCAUCCUUUUCCUCCUCGCCUUCAAGGUGUUCAAGGCCGUGUUCUGGCCUACGGAGGGCGCUCUCUCUCCAUCCUCCUCAAAUACGGCACAUCUACCAAUUACGGAGCUGCUUGACCCCCUACCAACUGACAAGCAGCCGGAAAUGAUGGUGUAA